AGCCUCUCUCGCAGAACAGACUCCCCCCACACACUGAGUCGGGCCUUGGACACGGAGAUACAGUCGGCUGCCAAAUCAUAAUCAGCUUCCCUCUGAGUGAGGCCUCCGUUUGCCAGAUCAAUCUCUGUUUUCUAACACUGACAUGGAGCUCCAAAGUGUGCAUAAAACCUUCCACCACAGCCACCUGGGGGACGAGAAGCACCAGAUGCUGAACCUGAACGGACGCCUGGAGACCUACCUGGGUCGGGUCAAGCUCCUGGAGGAGGAGAACGCGCUGCUCGCGAAGGAGAUCCAUGCCUUGAGACGCAGCAAUCACGGGGCCUCGACGCGAAGGGAGGGCCUGGAGGAAGAGCUGUGGCGGGCGAGGCUGGAGGCGGACACGGCCUGGAGGGACAGGGUCCACAUGGAGCUGGAGGCCUGUAAGGUGGCAGAGGAGCUCCAAGCCCUGGAGCUGCAGAGGCAGAGGGAGGCUCAGGCCCAGGUGGAGGCCAAGAAGAAGCUGGAGCAGAGCAGGAAGGAGCUGGAGGAGGAACAGCGGGCUCAGAUCUGGCUGAGGGAGAGGGUCGGUCAGCUGGAGAACGAGAUGAGGCACCUGAUUCGAACCCAUCAGGAGGACGUGGCCCACUUGGAGGCCACGUUGACCCGGUCCAGAGCCAAAAUGGUACCCACAUUCUCUCAGAGGAGCAACCAGACACCUAACCUCCUACAGCUGGGGCAGGAGUACUCCGAAUGGGCAACCAGGGCCUGGCAGGAGGCAGCCGAGGCCCAACGGGGGCAGUUAGAGCGCCUCGAGGAGUCACUCAACCAGGCCAGGAGCCGUUUAACCCAAGUGGACCGGGAGAAGAGCGAGAGCCAGCUGAAGCUCCGAGCCCUGGAGAAGGAGAUCCAGUCAGCUCACGACGUCAGGAUGCAUCUGGAGAAGACUGCAGACCAGCAGGGAGACCGAUACAGCCAGGAGAUCCAGCACCUCCAGGAGCACUUAGACGGCCUGGAGGCGGAGAAAGAGGAGCUGGGCCAGCAGAUCGGCCAUCUUGUUCUAGAGAACCGAGGCCUGCUGCAGCAGAAGGCGUCUCUGGGCCUGGAGGUCUCGACCUACAGAGCUUUGCUGGACGGCGAAAGCCUCAGAGGAGACAUCCCUUUGAUAAAUCAGCCAAGAAACGUUUCCAUCACAGAUGCAGUUUUCAGUCCUUGGGGGGUUAAAAAGAAUUACCAGACCCAGCUGUCUGCUGGCCACAAGACCACUUCCCUCUCAUCUGUCCGUGGCCUAGCAGGGAGAGGGCCAACAGCGGUUACGACAACACCAAUCUGGAGUAGAAAACCUGUAACUCUUUCUAACACUGCAAAGAUCUCCUCGAAACCUGACGCAACAAAGUCAGCAACUUGGGAAACCCCUUAUCCCAAAAUACUGCAGGAUGGAGCCGUUGAAAAUUUCCGACCCCAGGAGGUUCAUGAGAGAGUCACCUAUGCUGAGCCUCUUUCACCUCCCAAUGAGCAGGAGGCUGAAACAACAUCAGGGGACAAAGAAGGUGAAGAGGACUGGAACAAUGUUGGUGUGAAACCCCCUGAGGAAGAUCCAGCCCUGCAGUCAGCUGUCAGUUAUCAGGUCGAGUCCGGCCUCAGCACUGAGCCACCGUUCAACAAGGAAGUUAGUCAGCAUCAGUUUAUGACACCCAACCUUACACCAUACCAUGUCAGAAUGAAGGAGGAGCCCUGUGGUUUCUCAGAUGAAUCCGAUACGGAUGCACCUUUGGAGAAACCUGUGGGAAAAGAAGAUAUGCAGGAGCUGCAUGCUCCCAUUGAUGCGUGGACAGAGAAAGAGUUUGUAGGCAAAGAAAUAGAGCAUGUGCAGGAGGAAACGUCAGAUUCUGAAACAGAGGCGGUGAUUGAACCAAACUUUGAUUCCAGGACGAAUAGUCCAGAGUCUGAAUGUGAGCCGAAUGAGUUCAGCCGAGGUGAAAACAUCUCAAAGGAGGAUGCAGCUGAGAUGAGGGAUGAAAUUAGCUGUUCUAUAUUAGGAAGAAAUGAGACGGAUGUUGAGGAUAAGUUGUACCCUGAUGGAGAAGAGAUGGAUACAUGGGAUAGUGUAAUAGAGAGGAAGGUGGAUCUGAAGACAGAUGAAGGCAUGAAAAAGGAUGAAGAAAAAGGACAACACGCUGAACCAGAGGAAGAUAUAUCAGCAAGAGAACAAAAGCAUGAACAGAGAGAAAUUAGGUCUGAUUUUGCCAAAGAUAUACAGCAAGACAACAAUGAGGCGUCUUCAAUGAUGGACACACAAGUAGAUGACGAUGGACACAAUGCUGCUUUAGACCAAGAGCACGCACUUUUCCCUGACAACGAAGAAGACGAUGAAGAGGAGGAUUCUCAAAAUGUCUCCGUGUCGUGGAGGACAGAGCUGGAGAGCGACAGCUACGCUCAGGAAAACACUCUCGCCGACACUCGUCCUCUGAUCCGAUACAAGAGCGACGAUACCGACGGCAACGUUCAGGCGUCACACAUGGAUGAGAGCGACUCUAGUGAGGGGGAGCAGGACAAGAAGAUCGGAGAGACGGGGAUGUGGAGCGAAGGCAAGUCAAAGAGAUUUGGAACUAUGGAAGAUCUGUGCGAAGAAGUGGAAGGGGAAGCGCCGGAUGAGGAAUAUAAUCUGGGAUAUACUCACAUCGUUGGACAUGGUAUGACUGUAAGUGAAGGGGCUAAACUGGUGAAUGCAGAAGAAAUGAUCAGAAAAGUCAGUGAAGGACAUUCGGAUGUAGAAACUGAAGAACUAACCAAACCCACGACACCCAGAAAUGUGUGCUACGAUGAGGAGUUGGAGACGGAUCGACUUGUGGAACAGGAAUUAGAAAACCUAGCCACGGAUAGCUACAGCGCUCAAUUUGCACGGCAGCAGGUCAGUGCGAGCGAGGAGAUGCUACAUUGGCAGGGCAACUCUGUCGAGCAAAAGACAGAGCAAGAAGCGACUUCCUGCACAGAGCCUGACGUGAGAGUAAACCAGCAACUCGCAUCUUCCACUAGAAUUACAGAUCAACAUUACGAGAACCGGAAUUUCGGUGAUUCGUCAGUGGUAAUGCCUCAAGCAGACACUGUAGCGUAUGAGGACGUCCAGCGUAAAGAUCAGGAGGCGAUAGAUGCUCCAGAGAAAAGAGAGGACGAGGAUGAACACAAUGCGUCCAUGGUGACACACGCCGAUGUUACAGAAGAUCACUCCAGCUUUAACGACUUCAUUAGCAGGCCUGAUAUGGAAGAAACCGACAACUCAGAGGAUCCAAACUCUGUGUUGCAGGUAAUAGCAGAUCAACAAAACCUGCAGGAUGUGGCUGCCCUCACUGAAGUGAAAGAAGUUGCACCUGGGCAAGCAUCAGGCGUACCUGAGGAACAACAUGUUGCAGAUCGCAAAGAGUUUCCAGAAGCUCCAGAAACAGCUGAAUGGGAAGUUCUAGAGAACCCAGGAGAGGACUUUGAAAUUGGAGAUCAGGGUGAAGAUUAUCAAAAAUGCGAUAAAGUGCCUGAAUCAGCUAAAAGUUAUCUGCACGAUGACGGAGGCUCUUAUGAAGGCGUUAUUACUCGAAAGGUGGAGACCCUUGAGAUUUCCCCCGGCAGUGUACCUGAUGAAAACAAUAUCUUUGUGGUGAAGGACUCAGCUGAACUAAUGAACACAAACGGCAAAGACAACAGCCUCCAUAGUCUCUUUAGCUCUGGCUUAACGAAUGACUUCUGGGUGUCCUCCAUGGAGGCCGGUGCCACCUAUCAGCCAGAUGAUGCCUGUAAUGAAGCAUCUGAGCAAACCAAUCAGAAUCUAGGGUUUGCUGAAAAUUUGGUUUGGGGAAAUUCAGAAAAUGUGGUUAACUGGAACUCCAGGGUGGACAUUGACUCGUCUAAAGCCCUAAAGGCUAAGAAGGAGCCGGAGCAGAUGCAUUCAGAGGUGAAGCAGGUGUUGUGUAGAAAUGUUGUUGAGGGGGAGUUGGUUCGUUCUGACGAGUCUGAUGUUGAGGGUGAAUCCUGGUCGUCUGGGGAGGAACCGGUAUGAAAAGUAGCGCGAAGUUUGAGCUAAACCAAUUUUAGAUGUAAUCAGUGUAAGUCAGUAAAAUAACGUUGUCCGUAUUAAACGCAUUUACUAUUAAAGCCAAGUCGUGCCUUGGUGCGCACCUCAGUGGCGCUAACCACCAAUGUGCCAAUUCUAUCUCUAAAGACGCCGAGCACUCGUUACCUUAAUCUGACAUAUUUGAUCAACAAUUGUUUUUUUCUAUCCUUAUCGUUCAAACUCUUUCAGUGUGCAUGUAAUGUAGGAUGGUUUCUGCAUGAGGGAUCAGCAUGAAGACAAAGAAGAGCAAAGAAUGUCAUUUGAAAGUCAAAGCGUUAUUGAUUACUGCCUAAUCCGAUUUCACUGACUGAUGGAAAUCAAUGAGACCAGAAGGGUAGGAUUCCUCCUAGAGCUGAUUGGUUGUAGAAGGUCUAAAAAAGCAAACUGUUUGUAUUUAAUUGGUCUGUACUCAACAGACUUUUUAUUUCCAUCUAUAAAGUUUAUGAUGCGGUACAUUUACAGUUCAUAAUAAACAGUAGAUUCAUGAAAUGCUCCGAGUCUCUUUUUUGGACCAAUUGUUUUCUUUGCUUGCACAGUGCAUCUCAAACACUCACAUUAACAAAGUAGGUGUAAAUAAUGGUAAGCAAAUCUGUUUAUUGUGUUUUUUAUCAGACCACAGACUGGGUUUGUCUUCUGCA